CCUCCAUCUCCACCUUCCUCUUUCUCACCCGAAACUCACCAACACAACCCACGAACUCCUCACAAUAGCCUCACAACAACUCCCUUUCCUUUGUUCCGAUCAAUCGCCCCAAGCACCAGCUGCUCCCUCAUUACCCGACCAACCAGCUCACACAACGACGAUAACGUGCAGCAUCGUGCGUAA